CGAAAGCGACUGACAACUGAUAAACCUCAAGUGGUGAUCUUGAAGAUAAUAUUAAAGGACCAUGAAUCAUAAGCUAAGAAGAUAAAUUCCACUGAUUUUACUAAUUGUGUGUGUUGUGCAAUCAGUUUACAAUGCUGUGUGUCCUUAGAAGAGCAACUUCUCACUCUAGAUCAAUAUUACCCACAAUUUACAGUUUAGUCUCAACAUCUUCUGGCCGGAAAAUGAGUACUCAAAUAUCCUUCUCUCCUGAUUUUCUCUUCAGACAGUUUUUUGACCGAGAAAGUUGUACCUACACUUACCUGCUAGCUGAUGUCAAUUCUAAAGAAGCUGUUCUGAUUGAUCCUGUUUUUGAAUUGGCCGAGCGAGAUUUUCAAAUUUUGAAGGAACUCGACCUGAAGUUAAAAUAUGCCAUGAACACACAUGUUCAUGCAGACCAUGUAACAGGCACAGGAGUUUUGAAGGGAAUGAUUCCUGAGUGUCGUUCUGUGAUUGCAAAGUCUAGUGGAGCCCGAGCAGACAUUUUGGUUGAGCCUGGUAGUUCUGUAGUGUUUGGUCGACACAGUUUAGAAGUGCGCCCAACCCCAGGUCACACAAAUGGAUGUGUUACAUACGUUUCUCAUGAACAAGGUAUCGCAUUCACCGGUGAUACUCUCCUCAUACGAGGUUGUGGAAGAACAGAUUUUCAAGAAGGUUGUCCAAAAAUGUUGUACAACUCAGUACAUUCUCAGAUAUUCACCCUGCCAGACAAUUUUAAAUUAUAUCCUGCUCACGAUUACAAAGGGUUAACGGUCACAACUGUUGGAGAGGAAAAAUUGUACAAUGCUAGACUCACAAAGACAAUGGAUGAAUUUGUCCAAAUUAUGGAAAAUUUAAAUCUAGCUUAUCCCAAAAAAAUUGAUGUCGCUGUACCUUCAAAUCGUGUUUGUGGAAUCCAAGAAAUACUGGGAACUGAAAAAAAUUCUGGAAAUACUUCAUGAGAAAGCGCUUUUUGACCGACUUAUUUAUAUUAAUUUUCAACGAGAACUUUGCUUUCACAUGGUAUCGUAUGAUUUUUGCUGUUAUUUUUCAUCAUUGAACCCAAAAUAAGUUUAUAUUUUUCUUGUCUAUCUGCCUUUUUAUAGUCUAGUGCAAAUAUAUUGCAUCGAUACCGAAGUCAUACUGAUUUUCCUAUAUUCUCAUCGAAGCAAUGAAAAUUGAAUAUGUAUCGCAAUAAUUUUUAAUUUUUGAGUCACUGUUUAUCUAAUCAAAACAAAAAUACUCAAGAUUUCUCAUUGAAAGAGUUGUAAUUAAGUCGCUUAAAGCCAUAUUACUCAACCUGAGUGGCAACAUAUUUAACGCAGAUAAUGAAUCAAAAUCAAAAUUAGUGCGAGGUAAAAA